AUGUCCUCAAGAAUGCUUACUUCGACUUUACGUCAAUCUACCCGUAAUUUGGGUAAAACAUUUGUUGCAAACAAUUUAAGGAUUGCACCACAGUUAGUAAGAUCAUCACCAAUAUUAAUUAGCAAAUUCAACUAUUCAACUACCCCAGACAAGCAAUUGAAGGAAGUUUUGAAACAAGAAUUAAAGCUUUCCAACUCUAUUCCAAAUGAAUUAGACCCUGUUUAUCAAGAAUUUGCAAAUAAGGCUGGUUACAAAAUUAUUGAUACUGAAGGCAACUCAAACAUUCAAUUGGUCAAGGAAGACGAAAGUGGUGAAACUAUCAGAAUCUUUUUCGACAUUGAUGAAGUUACUGACAUUCCGGUUAAUGAACCUACUGCCGAAGAGAUGGAUAUGGAGGAAGAAGUUGAAUCGUUAGAUUCUUUACUUUGUAACGUUAGAGUCUUGAUUGAAAAGCCAAACACCAACGAUGGCUUAUUAUUGAACUUAUUCUUGCAAGCCUCCGAAUCUUCGUUUUUGAUUGAUUUUGUCAACUAUCAAAACAAUGUUUCUACUCUCUUGAACGAUCAAAUUUUACCUAAGAAUGAAUUUAUUGAUAAGUUCAGAUACCAAGGUCCUAGAUUCUCCGAUUUAGAUGAAUCAGUUCAAACUGGUUUCGAAACCUACUUACAAUCUAAGGGAAUUGACGAUGAAUUAGCAGAAUUCAUUAUCUCGUUCAGUGAAUUUAAAGAAGAGAAGGAGUACAGAAACUGGUUAGGUGAUCUCACAAAGUUUUUGAACUGA